UCAUUCAAAGACAGCUACACCUAACCAAGAAAGAAAAAAGUAAAAAGAUUGUGAUUUCUGGUUCUUUCCAAUUUCUUUUUCUCUAGCUGAUAAUUCUCUCAGCAACAGCAACAAGAUUCAAUGGAGGAACUCAAAUCUUUUCCCUUAUCAGAAGUCACUCUUCAUUCAUCCAAAUCUGAUUGUUGGCUAACCAUCCAUGGCAAAGUUUAUGAUGUGACCAAUUUCUUGGAAGAACAUCCAGGAGGAGAAGAUGUUCUAUUAGAAUCUGCAGCCAAAGGAGAUGCAACAAAUGACUUCGAAGACGUGGGUCAUAGUUCAACAGCUACAAGCAUGUUGAGUAGCUACUUGAUCGGAACUUUGGAUAGCAGUACCUCAAAAAAUGGCGAAGUUGGGCAACAAAGUUCAGAGGGUGUGAAGAAUGUUGCAGCAAAGACAGCAACAUUAGAAAGACAAGUAUCCGCUCCUUCUUCAAUGAGGAAAUUCAUUGUACCAUUUAUCAGUUUGGUUGUUGCAUUUGUAGCUUGGUAUUAUUUUUCUCAUUCUGGAAAGAAGACUUGUUGCAGCCACCACCACUAGUUGGUGGAAUAUGGUCUCUCCCGGUGGCCAUUUCCAUUAUUUGUGACCGAUUGAACAUCGUGGAAAAGCGGUUUCUACUUUCUAAUGCAUUCUCAUAUACGCACAGAAGAUUUAAUUUUUCAAGAAUUUCGUUAUUGAUGUAAGAUUUAAACAAGUUUCUUAGUUCAAAUGAUGAAAAUUCAAUAACAAAAUUUUACAAUUGAACUUAUAGUUUU